AUGUGGACAGCACCAGGAGGGGUUGGCGGCAAGGACAAGGGCAAGGGGAAGGGCAAGGUGGAAGGGCAAGGUGGAAGGGCAAGGUGGAAGGGCAAGGUGGAAGGGCAAGGUGGAAGGGCAAGGUGGAAGGGCAAGGUGGAAGGGCAAGGACAAGGGCAAGGUGGAAGGGCAAGGUGGAAGGGCAAGGUGGAAGGGCAAGGUGGAAGGGCAAGGUGGAAGGGCAAGGUGGAAGGGCAAGGUGGAAGGGCAAGGUGGAAGGGCAAGGUGGAAGGGCAAGGUGGAAGGGCAAGGUGGAAGGGCAAGGUGGAAGGGCAAGGUGGAAGGGCAAGGUGGAAGGGCAAGGUGGAAGGGCAAGGUGGAAGGGCAAGGGGAAGGGCAAGGUGGAGGGCAAGGUGGAAGGGCAAGGUGGAAGGGCAAGGUGGAAGGGCAAGGUGGAAGGGCAAGGUGGAAGGGCAAGGUGGAAGGGCAAGGUGGAAGGGCAAGGUGGAAGGGCAAGGUGGAAGGGCAAGGUGGAAGGGCAAGGUGGAAGGGCAAGGUGGAAGGGCAAGGUGGAAGGGCAAGGUGGAAGGGCAAGGUGGAAGGGCAAGGUGGAAGGGCAAGGUGGAAGGGCAAGGUGGAAGGGCAAGGUGGAAGGGCAAGGUGGAAGGGCAAGGUGGAAGGGCAAGGUGGAAGGGGCAAGGUGGAAGGGCAAGGUGGAAGGGCAAGGUGGAAGGGCAAGGUGGAAGGGCAAGGUGGAAGGGCAAGGUGGAAGGGCAAGGUGGAAGGGCAAGGUGGAAGGGCAAGGUGGAAGGGCAAGGUGGAAGGGCAAGGUGGAAGGGCAAGGUGGAAGGGCAAGGUGGAAGGGCAAGGUGGAAGGGCAAGGUGGAAGGGCAAGGUGGAAGGGCAAGGUGGAAGGGCAAGGUGGAAGGGCAAGGUGGAAGGGCAAGGUGGAAGGGCAAGGUGGAAGGGCAAGGUGGAAGGGCAAGGUGGAAGGGCAAGGUGGAAGGGCAAGGUGGAAGGGCAAGGUGGAAGGGCAAGGGUGGAAGGGCAAGGUGGAAGGGCAAGGUGGAAGGGCAAGGUGGAAGGGCAAGGUGGAAGGGCAAGGUGGAAGGGCAAGGUGGAAGGGCAAGGUGGAAGGGCAAGGUGGAAGGGCAAGGUGGAAGGGCAAGGUGGAAGGGCAAGGUGGAAGGGCAAGGUGGAAGGGCAAGGUGGAAGGGCAAGGUGGAAGGGCAAGGUGGAAGGGCAAGGUGGAAGGGCAAGGUGGAAGGGCAAGGUGGAAGGGCAAGGUGGAAGGGCAAGGUGGAAGGGCAAGGUGGAAGGGCAAGGUGGAAGGGCAAGGUGGAAGGGCAAGGUGGAAGGGCAAGGUGGAAGGGCAAGGUGGAAGGGCAAGGUGGAAGGGCAAGGUGGAAGGGCAAGGUGGAAGGGCAAGGUGGAAGGGCAAGGUGGAAGGGCAAGGUGGAAGGGCAAGGUGGAAGGGCAAGGUGGAAGGGCAAGGUGGAAGGGCAAGGUGGAAGGGCAAGGUGGAAGGGCAAGGUGGAAGGGCAAGGUGGAAGGGCAAGGUGGAAGGGCAAGGUGGAAGGGCAAGGUGGAAGGGCAAGGUGGAAGGGCAAGGUGGAAGGGCAAGGUGGAAGGGCAAGGUGGAAGGGCAAGGUGGAAGGGCAAGGUGGAAGGGCAAGGUGGAAGGGCAAGGUGGAAGGGCAAGGUGGAAGGGCAAGGUGGAAGGGCAAGGUGGAAGGGCAAGGUGGAAGGGCAAGGUGGAAGGGCAAGGUGGAAGGGCAAGGUGGAAGGGCAAGGUGGAAGGGCAAGGUGGAAGGGCAAGGUGGAAGGGCAAGGUGGAAGGGCAAGGUGGAAGGGCAAGGUGGAAGGGCAAGGUGGAAGGGCAAGGUGGAAGGGCAAGGUGGAAGGGCAAGGUGGAAGGGCAAGGUGGAAGGGCAAGGUGGAAGGGCAAGGUGGAAGGGCAAGGUGAAGGGCAAGGUGGAAGGCAAGGUGGAAGGGCAAGGUGGAAGGGCAAGGUGGAAGGGGCAAGGUGGAAGGGCAAGGUGGAAGGGCAAGGUGGAAGGGCAAGGUGGAAGGGCAAGGUGGAAGGGCAAGGUGGAAGGGCAAGGUGGAAGGGCAAGGUGGAAGGGCAAGGUGGAAGGGCAAGGUGGAAGGGCAAGGUGGAAGGGCAAGGUGGAAGGGCAAGGUGGAAGGGCAAGGUGGAAGGGCAAGGUGGAAGGGCAAGGUGGAAGGGCAAGGUGGAAGGGCAAGGUGAAGGGCAAGGUGGAAGGGCAAGGUGGAAGGGCAAGGUGGAAGGGCAAGGUGGAAGGGCAAGGUGGAAGGGCAAGGUGGAAGGGCAAGGUGGAAGGGCAAGGUCAAGGUGGAAGGGCAAGGUGGAAGGGCAAGGUGGAAGGGCAAGGUGGAAGGGCAAGGUGGAAGGGCAAGGUGGAAGGGCAAGGUGGAAGGGCAAGGUGGAAGGGCAAGGUGGAAGGGCAAGGUGGAAGGGCAAGGUGGAAGGGCAAGGUGGAAGGGCAAGGUGGAAGGGCAAGGUGGAAGGAAAAACGAGCUGCUGAGGAAAAUGAGCAUCUGGUUAAUGCUGUGCCGUAG